AUGCCUGCCUUCAUACUCGUAACUCGCCCCGCCAAAAGGGGUGAUAGCUGUGCAGCGGAGCCGCAGACAAGGCAGCCGACAACGCAGCACAGAACGAAAGCCAUGCGGCUGGAGCUUGUCUCCAUUACACCCCCCCUCCUGCCGAAGUGGGCCGGUCAAUUCGGCAAGCAGCCGACCAGGCACUCCGUGACCUUUCCCGCGGCCUGA